AUGCGUGUGUCGAGCAUUCGCCUCUUGGACGACCAUGCGAAGCGCAGGGGCACAUGCGACAGCGCCUUGCAGCUUGUGGACUGGCUGAUUUACAUGUGCACCGGCGCUGACCGCGGCUUCUCUUCACUGCCGUCGACGUUUGAGCGGCUCGCCGCGGAAGUCGGCCUAGCUGUGGAGUGCCACAUUGUGCAGACCAGGGACGGGUACGAGCUGCUCUUGCACCGCCUUGUCGGUCGCCGCGCCAAACGACGGCCCGUCUUCCUGAUGCACGGCCUAUUUGAGGAGUCGACGGUGUGGCUAGCGCACCGGCGCAGCUCGCUGGCCUACCGGCUGGUGGAGGGAGGGUACGACGUGUGGCUCGGGAACACACGGGGCAACGCAUAUUCGAGCGGGAAGUGGGGCCUGUGGGGCUCGCGCAUGCACAGCUGGGGAAACGACGAGUUGGCGAGCGAAGACAUCGCCGCGUCUGUGCAGGCGGUCCUCGAGGUGGCGCACGCCGAGGGGCUGCAGGCGGACAAGGUCAUCUUCAUCGGCCAGUCGCAGGGCGCUUCGAGCGCCAUCACCGCCUGCUCGCUGCGCGAAGGCUUGGGCGGGCGGUUGGCAUGCCUCGUGCUGCUCGCCCCGCCCCUCUGCCUGCAAGCCUCGGUGAACCCCACGCUGCGCCUCGCCCUCAAGACGCCCUCCCUCGUGUACCGCGCCGUCUUCGCCUUUGUCCUUCCGAUCGGAAGGCUCGUGCCGAAUGCCAUCUACCUCCCCAUCGCCAAGGCUGGCAUGCGCCGAAUGGGCUUUGUCGUACGCCCCCACGACCCAGACGCGGCGGCCAUCACCUUCCGCUGCGUGCCCUCCGGGUCCACGAGCAGCCCAAACUUGAGCCUUUGGUUUGGGAUGGCGGCGGAGGGCGGAGCGCUCGACGUGAAGACGAAGCAGGUGACCUGCCCCGUGAUCGCCUACUUGGGCGGACAGGACGUAAUCCUCGACUGCGACGCCAUCACGACCCUCCUGCAAAGAUUGCCCGACCUGCAUCGGCUGCACGUGCAGCCAGGCUUUGCGCACGCCGACUUUGUCUGGUCCGCGGACGCCCCCAGCAUCGUCUACGGGCAGCUGCUGGAUGAGGUGGACGCGUUUAGCGGAUGA